AAAAAAAUUACUGAUCUGACGUUUGUAUUUGAUUUGAUUUUUAUUGUAAUUGACGCAAAGAGGAAAAAUUUUUGGCUUUUGAUCGUUUGGAAGCGUGUAUCUAAAGCUACUGUUUGACUUUGCUUUGAGGUUAAGUGAAAGAUACAAGUGUCGUAAUUUUUUUCGCUUAAAUUUAUUGUUACAUUAAGUGCUGUUGAGUCACUAUAGUAAAUUUUUUUGUCUUGGUGGUGGUUUUAACAUCUGUAGAUUAGUGAUUCAGCAGUUAAGUUGACCAAAAUCAUUCACAUAAUAUUCAUUUGUUACCAUUUCUUGUAUUAUCAAUUUCCUUUUUUAAGCAGAGUUUGUGUCCCAAUUAAACCUUCUCACAUGUAACAUGUCAUUGGCGAAUUCAUCGUAACCGCCAUAAAGGAAGAAGAAGAAGACGCAAAGAGUAUAAUAAGUAUAUACAGGAAGAUUGACGUCACAGAGUACAUUAUAUAUAGGGAAAUUGACGUUCUGAACCUUCUAAACUUUUAUAAAUACAAAGGAGUGUGUUGGAGUUGAUGAACAGAAUGGGGUCGCCGUCGGUUGGAAUGGAGGAGGAUAACUGCGCCGGUCACGCAUUGAGCGACUUUCUUUUGCAGUUGGAAAACUACAAUCCCUCCAUACCAGACUCUGUUGUUGCAUAUUACCUGAAUGCUUCUGGCUUUGAGUCUCAGGAUCCCAGGUUAAUACGUCUUAUUGCACUGGCUUUACAAAAAUUUCUAUCCGACAUUGCAAAUGAUGCACUUCAACAUUGCAAGAUGCGAACCUCCAGCCAGAUGACACAGUCAUCAAAGAACCAAAAGGGGCCCAAGGAGAAGAAGUAUGUUAUGACCAUGGAAGAUCUUGUGCCGGCGCUUCAGGAGUAUGGCAUCACCGCGAAGAAGCCGCAUUACUUUGUUUAAUGGGGAACUCAGACUGUCCAUUGUAUGUUCUAGGUGCAUUUAAAGUGUGGGUUAUAUUGUGUUUUAAAUGUUAGAAUUAAGUAGGCAAAAUAUCAUUGUAUGUAAUAUGUAAGUAUUAAUAAAGUAAAUAAUCAAUAUCAAUUAG